ACAACACCUACACAUCAGGACAAUGAAUGUGUCCAACAACUGCAGUGUCGCAAAUCUAGAACUGUAUCAUCAUGUUCGUCUCACUGAAUUUGUUCUGUAUAACCUCAUUUUCUUUUUUGGAGCACUAUUUAAUGCCUUUGCCCUCUGGAUGUUCUUCUGCAAGAUAAAGAAGUGGACAGAAACCAAAGUGUAUGUAAUCAAUUUAGUCUUUGCAGACUGCUUCGUCAUCUGCACCUUGCCUUCCAUGUCUUAUUUGCUCUGGAAUAAGUCAACCCGAAAUGAACUCUGCCAGUUUGUAGAGGCAAUAUAUAUUAUCAACAUGGUAGUGAGCAUCUACAUCGUUUCAUUUAUCUCAAUCGAUCGAUACAUUGCCAUAAAGCACCCCUUGAAAGCCAGGACCUUCAGGUCUCCAACAAAGGCUGCCCUUCUCUGCGGAUCUCUGUGGGUCUCUGUGAUAAUCGGUGCCACCUUACAGCUUUGGCAGAGACAAGCCACUCUCUGCUUUCAGAAGGAUACCACUGCACCCGCUGCUCUGAGCCUGCUUUACAUUUUCUUUGUUUUUACUCUUCCGUUAGCAAUCCUGACUUUUUGCUCCACAGAAGUGAUCAGGAACCUUAAGACACAUCUGAACACAAAUUCACCAGAUGAGAAAUCAAUCCAGAAAGCUGUUCACAUUAUUUAUGCAAAUCUGGUUGUAUUUCUAAUAUGUUUUCUGCCAGCCUGCCUUGGGCUACUUGCCAGGUUCAUAAUGGAGAGAGUUGGAGCUACCUGUUUCCUGCUCCAGGUUAUGAAGAACUUCUCCUCUGUGACAAGGUGUAUUGCCACGUCCAACUGCUGCCUGGAUAGCAUCUGCUACUACUUUGUGACCAAGGAGUUCCACGAAGCCCUUCCACUGCCCAAACCCAGCACUGAAAAAACAAAUCAAAUCCACCCCUCACAGACACACACUUGCUAAAGGAAGGGGGGGAGCCGAGGGGGAUGAAAAACACCAAACCCAGAAAACACCACAACAACUCUGUACGAUCAAGAGACGAUAUAGCUUCAGCGUCAUUGGGAUAACUAUUGCUCCUUAUCUCUAGGUAGAUCUUUGUUAGGUUUAGCAUUACUAAGUUAAUUGCGAUUUAUACUCUAUGUUUCUAUGAAACAAAUAAGUUAUUUCACAGAGAUGUGUAAAAGUGUGGAUAUAAUCGCUGGUCACUAACAUGUCUCCAUUCCACCCUCCAGCAUCUACUUGUUACUCUGACAGGUGACCCAUGCAUAUCUCCCUUUUUUAGUUCAUUUUGCAGCUAAAGUCAAUUGAUCCUUAUUGCCAACAAGUACA